CUGCUGGCGCUGCUGGCCGGGCACUGGGCAGGGCUGGGCCGGGCCGGGCAGUGCCAGCACGGGGAGCUCAGGACGGUCUGGGGAGGUGGCACCGAGUGCUGCCCCAAUUGCACCUGGAAGGCAGGAAACCCCGCGCCCUGUGAGGCGCUGCACCUCGACUGCCGAUGUCCCCCGGGGCACAGCUGCUCUGGGGACCCGUGCCAGUUCUGCAGGAAACUGCCCCAGUGCCCGGCGGGCUGGGAGCCCAGCAGGACCGGAACUCUGAAUUUCCGCUUUGGGUGCAAACCCUGCGAGAACGGCACCUACUCCAGCAGCAGGAACAGCUGGUGCCACAACUGGACUGACUGCGGGAGCAGCGGCUUCGCCACGCUCCGGAAGGGGAGCAGCACCCACGACGCCGUGUGCAGCCAGCCCGUCCCUGCGCUGGAGCCAGCCCCGGUGGCGCUGGAGUUCCCCUCCAGCACCAUCCUGGCCAUCCUGGUGGCCGUGGCCGUGUUCGUGCUCGUCCUGCUCACGUUCCUGCUGCACUUCUGCAUCUGGAGCCUCCACAGGGACCCCAAACUCCUGCUCGGGGCCGCAGAUUCGGGCCCGACCUUCCCGCGGCUGCCCCCGCGGCCGGCGCAGGGGGAGGAAUCCUGCAGCAUCCAAUUCCCGGAGGAGGAGCACGGCGACAAGAGCGAGGAGAAGCUCUCGGUGCUGUCGCUCAAGGUCUACAGCGAGCUGCGAUAAGGGAUGCGAUAAGGAAGGGAGGGAUCCGCCCCCGGGGUCCCGGGAAUGCGGGGCUGGGAUUCCCAAACCCACCCGCAGCACCGGGUGCGACUGAGGCUGCGCUCCUCCCCAGGAAAAGGAGCGGGAUCAGGGCGAGCUUGGGGUUGGUCUUCCCUAAAAAAAAGUGCAAUUUAGGGAUAAAUCCUGCUGGGGCUGGUUCGGGAGGAGAGGAGCAGGGAUUUCCCAGGAUAUCCUGAUUUUCAGGAGAGGGAAUGGCAGCCACAUCGUCUCCUGCUUUUCCCCCAUCAUCUCCUGCUUUUCCCCCCAUCUCCUGCUUUUCCCACAUCUGUUUUUCCCUCAGUUUUCCAGCCCUGCCCCGCUGGGUCAUUCCCAGCCCCAUUCCAGCCUCUCCUGAGCCCAUUCCUGCUCCCACCCAAAGAUUCCCUUGGGAAGCUCCUCCUGUGCCACCAGGGAUUUUCCUGGAAAAUUUCCGAGGAAAAUCAGGGAAAAAGGGAGUGAAGCUCAUCCAGGGAAUGGUCAGAGCUCUGGAAAAAUGGAGGGAAUGGGGAAAAUCCUGGCAAACGGCUCUCAGGUGGGAUUUGGGGAUUUCUGAUCCCUGGGGGGCCCUUCCCACUUUGGAUAUUCCAAGAUUUUUCAUGUUGGGAAGUUUUUUGGGCUGGCCCCCUGUGGAGAUGCCAGUACCAACAUCUGUAUGGAUAAUUAUGGAUAAUUAGGGAUAAUUAGGGAUAAUCCAGGAUGAGUUUCUCAUGGAAAUCCAUGGAAAUUCCUGGGAUUUCAGAGGAAUUGCACAUGGAUUUAAACCCCUGCUGGAGGAUCCCUGGAG